AUGGCGACAAGGGUGUUCGGGGUGCUGCUACUGCCGCUGCCGCUGCUGCUGCUGCUGCUGCUGCUGCUGCUCGGCCAGCAGCCUCCUCUCGCGCAGGGGCAGGUGAUCACCGUCAACCGCACCGCCGGCGAGGUCGAGGUCGGCACCUGCGAGGGGCUCAAGAAGAACGCGGAGCUGGGGAUCGACAUCUCGAUCGUCGUCACCGCGAACCUCCGCUGCGUCGACGCCAUCACGUUGCCGACAGGGGUGGAGGUGUCGAUAGGGUCCGCCCCCGACGAAAACUUCCUCGUAGCUGUCGCUGAGGACUUCCUCGUGCCCGACCCGACCUCGGCAUCCCUCCUUGUCAACCCGGAGGGGUCGUACCUGGCGCUGGACAGGCUGACGUUUGCGAACGAGGCGGGCGUCCUGGGGUCGCCGGGCGAGGUCCGAGCGGUGUGGAACGCAGGUCAGCUGCAGGUGGACGGCUGCGUGUUCGAGAGCCUGAGCUUUUCGAGCCAGCAGGACGGCGGUGGGAUCUACAGCACGGCGGAGCCGGGGAGCGGAAGCAGCGCGUUCGUGAGCGUGAGAAACUCCACCUUCAUCGGCAAUGUCGCGGAAAACCACGGAGGCGCUAUUUCCUCCUGGGGGCAGGGGGAGCUGGAAGUGAGCAACUGCAGCUUCGUGGGCAACGAGGCGGUCGGGGCGGGCAGCUACAGGCGUGCGGGAGCUGGGGGUGCGGUGUAUGCAUCCCCGGGGGUAUUUGUUACGGUUCUCAACAGCAGUUUUGAGGGAUGCCUCAGUCGGUACGGUGGCGCGGCGCUGUUCGCGUGCGGCGCGAACAUCUACGAGUCCACGUUCGACAGCAACGAGGCCACCGGGCUCUUCGGCGCCAUCGUGAACGGAGACCUCUCGGACGAGGAACGGGCUAACGCCACGCUUUCGCUGGGCGGAGGCGGGCAGAGCGGCAACUACACGUGCCCACCCUUGUUCGUGUCCGGCACUAUGUUUGAAAGCAACAGCGCGUCGACGGGGUAUGGCGGAGCCAUCGCGUCCGUGGACUCAUCGCUGUCGGUGUUCAACUCGUCCGUGCUGAGUUCGCUCGGAGGGGGCAUCUACUUCGGGACUUCGGACGACAGCGGUCGGGAUCAGCUUGAGCUGGAACUCCUCCAGUUCAACUGGAACGGCGGGUCCGCCUCCAGCCCCGACCUCGUCGGUUCGGCUUUGCUGCUGGAGAGGACGGGUACCCCCGCCUCCAACACCACGGGGCCCCUGGAGCAACUGGACCCUUCGACGUCCUCGGCUUCGUCUUCGUCGGUUGCGACCGCGGCGUUGCAAACGGUCGGUGGCUCUUCCUCCUCCGCCGCCGCCACCGCCGGUUCGACCCUCGUCGGGGUCGCCACGGACAUAUACUGCUUCCAGAACGAUCCGUACGACUGCGAGGCGUACUUCGGCGAUAGCGACGGCGAGAUCGCGGUGCAGCUCACAGGCACGGUGCGGUGCAACGUGUGCCAGGGCUCCGCCUUCACCGGGAUAGGGAGCGCGGCGGGGGCGCCCACGCCGGCCCCGAUCGUCACCGAUGACGACGACGGGCUCUCCCAGAUGGGGCAGGAGCGGGCCCAGGGCGGAACCCCGUCCCCAGCGGGCGUCGACGGCAGUAGCAGCAGCAGCAGCGGCGCCGGCAGCGGCUUGGGCCUUGUGCCCGAGGAGGAGAGCGAGCCGGAGCUGCUGGGCACGACGGGGACGAUGAGGUGGGUGGUCGUCGGCCUGAUCGCCGCGCUGGGCAGCGCGCUGCUCAUCUGCCUGUGCAUGCUGACUGUGUGCCGGAGGAGGAAGGGUCGGGGCGAGAGAGCGUUAGAGAUGGCGGACGGCGGCGGCGGUGGUGAUGCGGAGGAGGGGAGCACGUCCGCCAUGGUCGGCCCCCGCCCGCUGUCUACGUCAGCUGCCGCCGACGAUACGGCCGAGAGGGGGCUCGGGGUGACAAGCAACAGCCACGGCAACGGCGGCGGCAGCAGCAAGAGUCAGCACGAGUUUUGGGCCACCUCGCCGGGAACCUCUGCCGCCGUCAACGUCAACGGCGAGCAGUCGCAGUCGCAGUCGCGGUCGGGCUCGCGGCGAACGGUCGCUGGGGCUGCUGACCUGUCGAGCUCGAGCUCGAGGCGGCCGAGCGGGACAGAGUCGUCGCGGUCUGUCUCCCGGCGACCCAGCGGAGCUGGUGACUUGUCAAGGUCCAGCUCUCGGAGGCCGAGCGGGAAUGGGGAGGGCGGCGGUGGGCGCGACCCUCGCCGAGAAACGGUAGACUCCGCCGUCGCCGUCGUCAACGUCGAGACGCCGCUUUCCUCGGAGCUCAGGGAGCGCGAGCUCGCCCGGCAGAGGUCGGUCGAGCUCAACGCGGCCAGGGAGGAGGAAGGGUGGAUGUCCCCCCCGCUCGUGAGCGCCUGGGGGGAGGGGGCCGUCGUCGGCGGCAAAGGCCACGUGGCCCUGUCCGCCCGCAACACGCCGACGAAGCGGGGCUUCGCCGCUCUGCCGGAGGACGCAACGGCGGGAGAGGAGAGGAGGGGCAGGCGCGGGUCGAGGAGGGGGGCGGCGGCGGCGGCGGCAAGUCGUCGCGGCGGCGAGUCUUCGCCGUCGCAGGGGAAGAAGCGCAACCAUUCCUCCGCGGAGGCGGCGGAGGCCGCUGCCGCCUCGGUGUCGGUGCCCAGGGGGAUGAAAGGCCGGAAGAGCAGGAGCGCCGGAAGGUCCAGGAGCGGAGCGCGCCCGUUCGGCGGUGGGCGAGAAUCAGACGAAGAUGAGGAUUCGGAGGCGCCGGCACCGAGCAGGGGCAUGAAGGACAGGAGGAGCAAGAGCGCGGACAAGGCGAUCAGGCACGCAUUUGCGCCCCAGGACGGGUCAACCCUGCUGUCCGAGCGCCGGGAGUCUAGGUCGAGUCCGCGGGCCUACGGCAGCGGCGGCCUCACGGCCAGCGGGAAUCCGAGAAAGAUCAAGCCCCCGGCAACGGGAGGGGGCGACUCGGGUCGCUUCACGCCUCCCAGAGAGACAAGCACGGACAGGGCUCUCGCCCGCGCCGUCAAAACCCCCGCGGGCGGCGCCCGCCUGCCGAUCAGCGUGGCGGCUGCGGCGGGCGGUGCAUCGGUCGGGCCGCCGCGUGGGUUGGGCGGGGCGGGGAGGCCGCGGCCGUCAUCUCGGCGGAGGUGAACCCGUUCUACUCGCGCGGCGGCGAGUCGUCCAUUCGCGGCGGUGG